AUGGUCAAGAUUGCCGAGUUCGCUGUCGAGCGGUGGAUGGACGACCACGAGAAUGAUGCCAAAUAUAACCUCGCCGAGACAUGUUGUGCAUCGAUUUCUCUCGAUGAUCUCGUCGGUUUCUCCGGGAAGCCAGGCAACAUCCUAGACUUUUCUCAAAAAUUGGUCUAUGGUGCGAUUCGUGGCUCAAACGCUCUACGGACCAACAUUGCGAAUUUGUACUCCGACAGCACUAGCGAAGCGUUGACAGCUGAGAAUAUCCUUGUCACGAACGGUGCUAUCCAGGCGAACUUUUUGAGUCUGUAUACCAAUGUUGGACCGGGUGAUCAUGUUAUCUGCCAUUACCCGACAUAUCAGCAGCUGUAUUCAGUUCCCGAGUCGUUCGGCGCUGAAGUUAGUCUGUGGAAGGCAAAGGAAAAUGAGAACUGGCGUGUGGAUCUGGCUGAACUCAAGGGACUGAUCCGGCCAAAUACCAAGGUUAUCAUUAUCAAUAACCCGCAGAAUCCAACUGGUGCCGUCCUAAACAAGGACAUGCUGCAAUCUAUUGUCGAUAUUGCACGCCAGCACGGAAUCACUAUCCACAGCGACGAGGUAUACCGACCUCUAUUCCACUCCCUAGACGGCGACGACCAACACCCGCCAUCGAUCAUGUCUUUCGGAUACGACAAGGUCAUUGUUACCGGCUCAAUGUCAAAGACAUUCAGUCUAGCCGGAAUCCGCAUUGGCUGGAUUGCGUCUAGAAGCCCCGAGAUCAUCGAACAAUGUGCAUCUACUAGAGACUACACUACGAUCUCAGUGAGCCAGGUCGAUGACCAGAUUGCGACUGCGGCACUUAGCACUCCCACGGUCAAUAACCUGCUUCAGCGGAAUAUAGACCUCGCGAGAAGGAACUUGGCGGAUGUUGAUUCCUUUGUGCGAGAGUUUGAAUGGGCGGUUAGAUGGACACAACCCCGUGCUGGAACAACUGCGUUCAUGCAAUUCGUUGAUCGAGCUGGGAGACCGAUCGAUGAUGUCGAGUUUUGUAAACGCCUGCAGGCAAAGACCGGCGUUAUGAUUGUGCCUGGUAGUCAGUGCUUUGGUGAUGGGAGCGACUUCAAGGGGUUUGUCCGCAUGGGAUAUGUUCAAGAGCAUCAGGUGGUAGUAGAUGGACUGCAGGCAUUGCGGAAAUUCAUGCGAGACGAUUAUGAACAAUUAGUAGGGUAG